CUGUGGGGUCACAAAUGCCGUAACAAACCACCACACGACAAAACUCGCGACGGCAAGCGCGCCUGCACAACCUCGAACUGGCCCCGCGACAGUGAGCCGGAAAAAAAAAAGGAUAAACAAAGGGAGCCACUGACUGAAAGCGAGAACUCAGUGCCAAAAUAAAAUAAAAUAAAAAGGAGAAAAAUGUCGCUGAACCGCCCACUGUCGGCGGCGGGCGGCGCGAGCGAAAAGUCGGCCUUUGAGCUGCAGCGCGAGGCGCUCAUUGGGGAGAUUGCCAUGAGCUUCGAGCACGUACUUGCCAACAUCAACAAGCUGAACCGGUCGCUCGAGGCCGUCAUCACGGUCGGCAACGAGUUCUCGUCGGUCGAGGCGCUCUGGUCGCAGUUCGAAAACGUCAUGGCCAAGGACGAGCCGGACGAGGGCGAGGGCGAGGCGGGGAGCGGCGGUGGCGGUGACGACAACGACGACGACAGCAACAGCGGCGGUCGGUCAAAGGGCGGUGAUGAUGCCAAGAGGUGAACCAUAGUAUCCCACACCGACUCUGACGGGUAAAUCAAAUGAUACCCAGACAACAUGAUAUGCACGGUAGCAAUUGCAAGUAGGAGUUUGGAAAAGGUACAUUUUUUCAAAAAAUGAUAUGACUUUGUUUAUGUGUCCUACCCUCCCAUUCCCUGAUGAGCUGGGAAAUCCAUUCUACAAAAGAAAGAUAUCUGGCG